UGAUAAAAAUGUGGUUGGACAUGCAUGCUUUUGUGAAUAUCCAAACAGCUCAAAGUUUUCGAAGAUUGACUGGAAUAUACUCUUUGGUGAUACAUAUUGUAUCGAUAAUAUAACAACCACGAACUCAUGGUUCAUACAUUUUCUCGUUCUCAGUCCAGCACACGAAAAAUUUGUAAUAACUCAGCUUUUGAAGAGGGCAUUCAUUAUUGCUAGUUCCGUACAUCAUAUCUUUUUCAUGUUGAAAGAUUCUUGUCACAUCAAGUCCUUGAACUGUUCUCCAUUCCAUAAAUUAUCAAACAGAAUCGAUGAAGAAGGAGAUAUCGUCUGUGUCUAUAGGCAUGAAGUUUUUCCGGUUCUCUUCUGUCGCCCAGCAGCAGUGGAAGAUACAGAUGAUCUUACGCCUAUGAUAAAUGCGGAGUCCAUGCUUCUCCAGAAAACGUACGGAAAUUAUUACGUAUCAGAGCUAGUUGAAGCCCAAGACGAUUAUCUCAAAUGUCUUGUUGUGGAGUACGAACGCAGGGCCGUCGGUUUCAUCAGUGCAACGAGAGAUUUAAAUAUCAGGAAUUUAAACUCACAUUACGACUUAAGUUUGUUCAACUGGUUGGUGAAACUUGACAAACUAGUAGAAAGCGAAGCACAGGAGAUAAAUGAAGAUGCUUCGAUAAUAACAGAUGAAGCAGAUGAAAGCAUUACAUCUAGACUGAGCUAUAUUAAAACAGAAGAGCAAAUCAAUUCACCGGGUCCUAAUGAGUCAAAUUACCACUUAAACGAUGAAGAAACUAACCAAUUACAUCACUGGACGAAACGACUUAUGCAUAAAGAAUGUAGUAUGGAAGAUAACAAUAAGUUUGAAUGGACAGACGAUAUGAGAUCAAAUGCAUUCGCCAUACAACUUUUUAGUAUGAAACCAGAAUAUGAAUCACGAUUUAUGGACAUUUUACCAUUGCUGUUCAGUCAAUUUUCUGAUUUAGAAUAUGCUAUAAUAACAGUUCCUAGAUUGGCUAAAUGUUUUCCAAUGUUGAAGAGUUUUUUACAUUGUAGGGUAAGACAGAAUAAAGAUCCAGAACAUGAAUUAUACGUACUUCAUCGUUGUGAACUUCACAGGGAUUUCAUUAUAAGACGUACACACCAUGCCGAUGAAGAAGAAAUAAAAUUAUUAACCAGAACUAUGAAUACAUAUGAUCGUUCUUUGUUUCUCACUGAUUUACAAUCAUUCAUGAGUAGUGGUCGAGAUGAAGAUGGGACAAUAAUUUAUAGUUAUGUCGCUAUUGCACUGGGUAAGAUAGUCGGUGUAGCAAUUUUACGUGAUGAACAUCAUAUCGAAUGGCUACGAGCUCAUUACAACAUUGAAGAUUUUAUAUAUUUUACACAUCAUGCUCGAGAUGAACAUGUCUCGGUGUAUCAUUUCUUAUUGGCAGCUAAUUUCCAGUCACGAACAGAAGUGUUUCUUCGAGAAAUUCUGCGUCAGUCGAAGAAAACAUGUAUUUAUUAUCGUGUACUUCCUCCAUACGCAGAUGAAUCAAAAUUCAAUCGAUGUACCCUGAUAACUUGUCUGUCAAAAUUAUCACCAGUUAAACCAAGAAAACAAAUUAUCUAUCCAGAAUCAUUGUUGGCUAAUAUAAAAGCACCAGAGAAAAGAGUUUUGGAAAAAUUCGAAUCAUUGCCAGCAUUAUUUAUGACAACAGCAAAACUCUUAAUGGAACCAAAAGAAAUUAUCAACGCGAGAAUUAUUGUGGUUGGUGCUUCGACUACUGGAUUAGCAGUACUUGAAACAUUAGCAACUUGUCCAUAUAUUCGAUUCACUAAUCUAGUAUUGCUCUCUCCAAAUGGUUUGCCCGGAGAUACUUUAGAAAGAAUAAACCCCCUCGCCUACAAAUUCUUUUCAACAGAUUAUAGUUAUCCAGUUGAUUAUUUAAGCCAACUUGGAUUAAAAGUUUGUGUUAGCGUUGUUUAUGGUAAACUUACUGCUAUUGACAGAAAAUUUAAAAGGAUAACAAUAUCUCAUGAUCAAAAAUUAUCAUAUGAUUACUUGAUUAUAACAACUGGACUGCAAUAUCAUGCAGAUUGUUCAAUUCCUAAGCCAGUAGAAAAUUCUACUAAAGAAGAACCAGUCAAGAAUCCCAUAUCACUGAAUUCUCAUAAUCAAUAUAAUGAAGACAAUAGCAAGUGUGACAAUGUCAAUGAUAUUCACUGCGGUCAUAAUAAUUCUAUUGAUAAAUCAGAUAAAUCUCGACCAAGCAACUUAUUCCUCAUCAAUGAUGUACAUGAUGUCUUACCAAUAAUAGAUUGGAUCAAUAAUAUUUAUUCACCAUCAGUAGGUGACGUAGUACAGUUAAAUUAUUCCAACUGUAAAAUGUAUCCAUAUGAUAUUCAAAUUUUAUGUGGUGACAAAGAAUUGAACAAUGAAAAUGAUCAAAUCACUGAAGUAAAUCAAACAAGCCGACAGAAUUUAACAAAAAAACAAAACAAACAAGAAAAAGAAAAAGAUGAUGAUGAUGAAUCUGAGAAUGUUGAAGCGGAAGAACAAUUAAAAUUACAAUCAAAUCAAUUAUUAUACGAUACAUUUAGCGAUAAAGAUACAUUGGAUAGUAAAGAGAUGAUUAAUAAUAAAUUAAUCAUUAUUUAUGGUUAUACAAUGGAUGCGUAUACAUGUAUAACAGGUUUAUUAAAUGCUGGUGUGAAUGGGAAUCGAAUCAUUAUGAUACAACCACCCAAAAUGAAACAUUACCCGUCAGCUUUCGAUAGUUUUGUGAUUCAACGAAAAAUUCAUGAACAUAUGAACAAAUUGGAGAUUCGCAUAGGAUAUGAUUUUAUGUUGGAUCAUUGGAGUUGUAGUAAUUUGGGAUCCAAUUCAUGUGAUAUUAUUGAAACAGUUACAUUCAAUUCAAAUGGAGCGCUCUUAACUAUACCAUGUUCAGGACUAUUCAACUUUCAUAUGAAGACGGUAGAUAUGGAUGCAUUCAGAGCUUUCAAUGAUUCUUGCCUAGUAUUUGAUUCACGAUUAGUUAUUGAUGUUAAUUUUCAUACAAAUGACCCAACAAUAUUUGCUGCUGGUCCAAUAACAAAAUUAAAACGAAUUUAUUAUAAUGAUUAUUGGAGACAUGAGAUUGCGAACAGUAUGGAGAUUGGUCAUUGUUUAGGAAAUGAACUUCUAAAUUUAUUUGAUCCAAAUAUUGAAACAUCGAAAAAAUCGCCAACAGAUGACUCAUUUAUUUUGCCAACGUUUAAACAAUCUAAGACUAUUGGUGCUUUAUUGCCAGGAAAUCUGUUUUAUCUUCAUUGUACCAAACCGUCUUUGGAAGAACCAACCGAAAUUAAAAUGAAGAAUCCUAAUUUUGGUCGUUUACUGGUCACUACUGGUGAAAAUGCUAAAGAGAUACGCUAUUUCGCCAUUUAUAUCAAUAAGUAUAAUUUAAUUCAAGACAUAACAUGCUUUUCUACCAAGGAAUUCCCUGCUGAGAACUAUAUUCAACUAUUCAAUUUACAUGAAUCCCUUUUAAAUCAUUUAGUGUCAAGAUUUGAUGAAGGUUCUAUAAGUGAUUUCUAUGAUUAUUUCAAUGAAACAUGGUCUCUAGCAAUUUAUCAUGAUCGUUUUGCAGAUUUCAAGACUGAAAUUCGUAAUCUAAUUAGCACAUGUUCGGUUUCACUGGAUGAUUUGCAAGAAUUACGACGAUUAUAUAACAGUGAAUAUAAGAAAGAAAUAGAACAGCGUUUUAUCAAAUUUAUUGCAUUCAAUUAUAAUUUGUUAUCAAUGUAUGCGAAACCUGAUCUUGUUUAAAACAACAUAUCAUUUAAUUUUGAAGA